AUGGCGUCCCGCGGGGGCUUCCUGGGCCUCCAGCUCUGCCUCCUGCUCCUCCAGCCUCUGCUCGGGGGAAUGCCGGCCCCCAGAAGGAAGUGGCCCUGGCAGGCGAGCCUGCAGAUCAGUAACAAACACGUAUGCGGAGGCUCCCUCAUUGCCAGCCGGUGGGUGCUGACCGCUGCCUACUGCGUCACUGGCCAUGAGGAGUAUACAGUACGGCUGGGAGACAAAUCGUUAUGUCCUAAUUCCAAAACUACACUCGUGGUUCCAGUUGAAGACAUCGUUUGCCACCGCUUUUGUGAUGAUACAACUUUGAGACACGACAUUGCCCUCGCUCUGCUGGCCUUUGCUGUGAAUUACUCCUCCUACAUCCAGCCUGUGUGCCUCCCUGAGAAGUCUUUCCAAGCAGAAACUGGGACGGAGUGCUGGGUGACUGGCUGGGGCCGACUGGAAGAAGGAGUUUUAGCACCGAUGCCAGUUCUUCUUCAGGAGACAGAGCGACACAUUCUUCACCACAAGAAAUGCAACUGGAUAUUGCAGACACAGUUAGGAACGUUUCGCAGCAUGGUGAGAAAAGGGAUGAUCUGUGCCUAUCGAGCAGAGAAGAAGCGUAUCUGUAAGGGAGAUUCUGGAGGCCCCCUGGUCUGUGAAUUUAAUGAAAUAUGGGUCCAGGUGGGAAUUGUGAGCUGGGGCAUUGGCUGUGGUCGCAGAAAUUUUCCUGCGGUUUAUACAGAAGUUAGUUUCUAUAGGGACUGGGUCAUUGAUCACUUGAGUCAGGCUUGCUCUUGGGACUCAGCAGGCUCUUUCAUACUUCUGUGCCUGGUGCUGCCCCUGGGCAUCCUGGUGGCCCCAUGAUCACCCCUGCCCACUCCCCUCCUGUUUCUGACUCUUCACACUGGGCCUGUCCUCCAACCUCCCCCUCCUCCUCAUUGCCCUUUCCUCCAAUGCUGGUUGGGAUCCACUGACCCGGUAGAGAGCUACCCAGUAGAGAGUGGCAGUAAGCCCGGAGCCCUGAAAGUGUCCCAGCCUGAUGCCCCAGUCACCUGCCUCGGCCACACCCACACCUUGGCUGUGCUCUGCCUGCCGGGAAGGA